GAUCUGUAUAAAUACCAGGUGUCUUGGUAAGACCUUCAUCGACAGAAUCAACUGGCAAUCAUGAGGUCUCUGGUCUUCCUUGUGCUCCUGGGAGCUGCUUUUGCUCUGGAUGAUGAUAAGAUUGUUGGAGGGUAUGAGUGCGAGCCCUACUCCAAGCCCUGGACGGUGUCUCUGAACUCCGGCUACCACUUCUGCGGUGGUUCCCUGGUCAACGAGAACUGGGUUGUGUCUGCUGCUCACUGCUACAAAUCCCGUGUUGAGGUUCGCAUGGGCGAGCACCACAUCAGAGUGACUGAGGGAAAUGAGCAGUUCAUCAAAUCCUCCCGCGUCAUCCGCCACCCCAACUACAGCUCCUACAACAUCGACAACGACAUCAUGCUGAUCAAGCUGAGCAAGCCCGCCACCCUCAACCAGUACGUGCAGGCCGUGGCCCUGCCCACCAGCUGUGCCGCCGCUGGCACCAAGUGCCUCGUGUCCGGCUGGGGCAACACCAUGAGCUCCUCUGUUAGCGGUGACAAGCUCCAGUGCCUGGAGAUCCCCAUCCUCUCUGACCGCGACUGUGACAACUCCUACCCCGGCAUGAUCACCGACGCCAUGUUCUGCGCUGGAUACCUGGAGGGCGGCAAGGACUCUUGCCAGGGUGACUCUGGUGGCCCCGUGGUGUGCAAUGGUGAGCUGCAGGGUGUUGUGUCCUGGGGAUACGGCUGUGCUGAGGCCGGCAACCCCGGUGUCUACGCCAAGGUUUGCCUCUUCAAUGACUGGCUUGAGAGCACCAUGGCCAGCUAUUAAGCCCGUGUCUCAACACCGGAGUACCAUCGAAGUGACAUCAUUUGACUGAUGUAGUUAUUCACUUUAACAUCAUUUUGUGCAGUCUAGCAACAUCUCGCUGCAGUUUUAAGAAGGUGUGAAAUGUGAACCGGUUUUGUACAGUGAGUUUACUUUUUUCCAUCCAACUCUUUUAUAGAAUGAAUGCCAUUUUGCUGUUCAAACUAUAUCUGAGAAAAAAAGUUUUCCGCAGUAAUCUUGUUCCGUGUGUCCACAAUAAACGCCUUUAUUAUUAAA